AUGGCGUUCAAAUCAACUGGUAAUUCCACUACACGUUCUAAUUUUGCACGACAGUCAAUGACAUUUGCACAGCCUGGGAGAGAACCGAUCACUAGUUUUCCUCAAUUGACAAACAGGGUUCUGAUUCAUAACAUAUUCAUCUUACAAGAUUUCAAUUUUGCGCUUCUCUCAUUUAGUAGCAUGUAUGUCAGAAAAGCCUGGUGUAACAUAUCUGCUGAAAUGACAGUCACAGAACGGUCUAACUAUCCCCAGUUGCAAGUUGGUUUUCAGAGGACAAAUAAACAAAGUGCAUUGUCAAAUGUAUUGACUAUAGCUAUUGACUUUGUGCUAUACGAAAUAUUAAUUCCAAUUUAUUUGCAUGAAUAUUCUAAAUAA